GGAGGAAGAACACCUCAAGGGCGGAAGUAGCGUGAGGCGUGUGGGCGGAACUUAGUGCAGUAUGUCGGCUGCCUUGCUGCGGAGGGGCUUGGAGCUGCUCGAGGCGUCCGAGACUCCUCGGGCCGCGCCGAGCCAGGCCAAGGCGAGCGGCGCCCCAGUGAAGCGGGCCCGAAGAACGAAGGCAAAGGCCUCCCAGGCCCGGAAACUGCGGAAUUCGGCCAAGGGAAAGGUGCCCAAGUGUGCGCUGGCCGAAUACCAGAAGAAAGAGUGUCAGGACCACCUCCAAGCAAACCUGAAGUUUAUGACCAGCAUGAGAAGCACUGUGGCAGAGUCUGUGAGCGAACAGAUUCUGCUGCAAAACCAGGGCCGCAAGGCCUGUGAUCGGCCAGUGGUCAAGACUAAGAAGAAGAAGGCUGAGAGCACCGUGUUCACUGAAGAGGACUUCCAGAAGUUCCAGCGGGAAUACUUUGGCAGCUAGACUCCCUGGAGGAAUGGUGGGUGGAAAAGGCACCGACCUUCUUUGAUCCCCUGCCUCUGCUAUCCCUGUGGCUCCAAAAUGCUGUGCCAUAGGUGACCAGCAGGUGGUGAUGCAGAGCCAGCCUGGUUUAGGAAGCCCUGGAGCUAGAUUCCACUGGACAUUGGAAUGGAGCUGGUGUGCUACAAAGUCUGGGGCAGAUUUGCUCUCAGAUUGAAGCUGACUUCUGUAGAGUUGGGCAGAGCCACCUGUACCUUCCAGAAAGGAACAUUUCUGACCUGUUUGCUUUGGUAGGUGUGGGGCCCCUAGGCUGUUUACCAUGAAAUGGGGCCAGGUUCUUGACCCUCACAGGGCAUACCUCCAGGAACCAGAAGAAGGCAGCUGGGUUCAAGUAAAUGUGUGUUCAAACUGCA